CCGGGCAGCAGCCCCCCGACUGCCCCCAGUAAGAGGCGCGCGCUGCACCCCGCGCCGUGGCGCUGCCUGGGUGGCAGCACCCCUUCCCGCACGCACGCCCUACUGCGGGAGAGGGCAGAGAGACACCCUCCGGCUGGCUUGUGAAAUGUCGUGCGCCACGUCCACGCGUGUCCGAUCCCCCGUGGAAACAGCCCUUAAACAGCCCGACCUUGAACCCGGCGCGCCUGCAGCCUGAGGGGGUGCUGGGGGGGAUGCGCCCAGAGCUGCAGGCCAGGCCGACUUCCGACCUUCCACUUGCCCCUCGCAGUGAGACCACCUGCCCAGGCUACCAGGCAAGAAAAGGGGACACUGGAUCGGUCCCCGGCGGGACCCUGCGGGCUUUUCCAGCCACUGCCGGCCUGAUUUUUCCCAGUUCCCAGCAAGCUCUGGUCCUGUUUUCCUAUGCCCCUGGUCUGAACUCCUCUCUUUCUAGGACAUCUUCAACAGUAUCUUUCUUCCCACUUGUUACUCUCCUUUCCUGAGCCUUCCAAUUCCUCGGUUCUCUUUCUCCAGUGCAGUCCCUAGAGUACUUACCCGCCACAUGCCCACACUAGGUGAUCCACAGGGUUCCAGUGUCUAACCCCCCAGGCCCCUGGGCUACUUGUCUCCCCUCUUUUCUCAGAGGAUUUUCCUAGGUUCCAUGCUUUCCCAUAUUCACCACCAGACUUUUAAAAGCCUUCCUCAGGGGGACAUUUAACUGUCCUGGUUAGUCUUUAUUUAUUUAUUUAUUUUUCCUAAGAUAGCAGUGGAGCGGGGCUGGGGUUGUAGCUCAGUGGUAGAGCACUUGCCUAGAAUGUGUAAGGCCAUGGUUCCAUCCCCACCACUCAAAACAAAAUUAUAUACAUGAGUAUAUGUUUAUAUGUGCAAAUUAUUUAUAUAACCGUAUAUAUGUAAAUUACAUAAAUAUUUAUAAAUAUGUAAAUUCAUACAGAGUAUUUGUGUGUGUGUGUAUGAAAAGUGAGCAGUGGGGAGAGGAAGUUUUAGGGCAGAAGUUGGAUAAUGAAAGCCUGAGAAAUAAAGAUAAGAAGAUAUACCCCUCCCCUGGGACACAAAGGAGAAAGUCAAGGGAGGAGGGGAAACUUGGCCUCAGCCAGGAUUGGGAGGAUGCUACACUGCCCUGCCUUGACUGGACACGAUUAUGAUCACUACCCUUCCAACCCAACCCCCACCACAGGCUGGUAUGCCACACCCACAGUGCCCCAAGGGAGGCCUGCCUUGUCAUGACUCACUUCCUCUAUGUGGGCUGCUGAGGUGUCCCAAGGCAGAGGACAAGCCACCAGGCCAGAGUUUGGGUAUCUAAGAGAGCUUCUGGAACGGGAGAAUCCAUGGAGCUCAAUUGUGAAAGCCUGCGUGGCAUGAGUAGCCAGAAGAGAUUCUGAAGAGUUCCAAGAGCUGAGGACAUGGGGACCCUGGCUGUGGAAGUGUUGUACUGUGAUCACCCAGUCUAACUGAGGAGAGAGAAGUGAGGGAGUGCCACCAGGGAAAUCUUCCUUCAUGGUGUGAAGCACUCUAUCAGUGGGGGCCGUCCUGAGCCGGGAGAGUAGCCGGGAGAGUGGCCGGCCGAGUGGAGUACUAUGGAUAGAGCCCAGGGCUGGGCCCAGCCCCAACUGCUAUCUCCAGGAAGCAGGGAAGAGACUGCUCCCAGGCCCAAGGGAGUCAGCUGUGCGGCUGGAGCAACUCCUCAGGGACCCGGAGGCUGGAAAAGACUGUUCACCUGCUGCUCUGCGCACUGACAGCCUGGAGCCCGCUGCCUGCCGGGGUUGCAUCAUCCGCAGCUCAAUAAGGUUUUUCUCUAUCGACCUUGAAAUCAGCCUGGAGCCUGCUGGACCUGCCCCCCCCAGGGAGCUGGAGCCAGAGGCAGAGCCAGGCUACACAGAAGCUGGGGUGCCCACACAGGCAGAAAGGCCACCAGGCCAGAAGGACACCUAGCACCUUUGGGGCAUCCUAUCCUGUUGUACCAUGUCUGUGAGCAGCAGGGAGAUGGGACCUUCUCUGACCCCGGAGAUCCUUAGCCACCUGGGCCUUGCCAAUAAGACUGCAGCUUGGGGGACCCUGGGCACACUCAGGACCUUCUUGAGCUUCAGUGUGGACAAAGAUGUACAGAGGCUACUGAAAGCCAUUACAGGCCAAGGUGUGAAUCGUGGUGCCAUUGUGGACGUGCUAACCAAUCGGAGCAGAGAGCAAAGGCAGCUUAUUUCUAGAGCCUUCCAGGAGCGUACCCAACAGGACCUGCUGAAGUCCUUGCAGGCGGCACUCUCUGGGAACCUGGAGAAGAUUGUGGUGGCCCUGCUGCAGCCUGCAGCCCAAUUUGAUGCCCAGGAACUGAGGACAGCCUUGAAGGCCUCAGAUUCUGCAGAGGAUGUAACCAUGGAAAUUCUUGCUACCCGAACCCCACCUCGGCUGCAGGAGUGCCUGGCAGCCUACGGGCACCAUUUCCAGGUGGAGGCUGAGGACGACAUCAAGUCUAAGACCAGUGGCAUCUUGCGGGACCUGCUCCUGGCCCUGGCCAAGGGGGGCCGGGAGAGCUACUCUGGAAUUAUUGACUACAAUCUGGCAGAGCAGGAUGUCCAGGCGCUGCGGCAGGAUGAAGGGCGCAGCACCCAGGGGCCAUGGGUCCUAAUCCUCACCCAGCGCAACCCCAAACACCUCACCCGAGUGUUUGAGCAGUACCAGCGGCGCACGGGGCAGGAGCUGGAGGAGGCCGUGCGCACCCGUUUCCGUGGAGACGCCCGGGCCGCCCUGCUCAGCCUAGCCUCGGUGAUCAGGAACACGCCGCUGUACUUUGCUGCCAAACUCCACCGAGCCCUCCAGGAGUCUGAGCCCAAUUACCAAGUCCUGAUGCGCAUCCUUAUCUCUCGAAGUGAGACUGACCUUCUAAGCAUCCGAGCUGAGUUCAAGAAGAAAUUUGGAAAGUCCCUCUAUUCUUCUCUCCAGGAUGCUGUCACAGGGGAUUGCCGGUCAGCCCUUCUGGCCCUGUGCAGAGCUGAAGACAUUUGAGGCCUCCCUUCCCCCGACCUCCAUGUGACCUUCAAGGAUCUGAGAUGCCCAUGUUUGGCUAAGCCUGCAGGAUACCAGCUGGGCCUCUAAAUAGGAUGACCCUUCAUGGUGCCCCGCAUACCAAGCUUCUUGUUAAGGCUGAACUGUAUCUUUUAAAUCCCUAAUUUCUUUCAUUUCAAAAUGGUUUCUUUACCUGGGUCCUCUAGCUCUGUCCUGGAAGAAGGGUAAUGGGAUUUCUUUGAUAGUUUCUAUCCCACUCAUCUUUCUCAUACCCUGGCCAGAACAUCUCUCUGGUACUCCAAUUCUUUUUGGCAAACUUUACUGUUGUUUGUGUUCUCUGACUGAACUUUGGGUGGAGCAGGACACAGACCAGGAAGACGCCUUGGAGCUGAAGCACCUUUGAAGUGCACUUGGCUAUUCAAUGGGAAUCCUGUUUUUGCCCCCGUGUUGCAGUUAUUAACAUGUUCCACCCACCAUG